UCUACCACACCUUGGCCCGCAGGUUUUUCCAGCGCAGUGUUACUUGUUUUAAGGUCCUCUUUUGGCCAGACCCCAAGGCAUUGAUUCGGUUGGUAAUGUCUUCCCAAAUGGUGUCUUUCCCUUUCUUGGUGACCUCCCCACCCUUUGCCGAGCUGAAACCACCUACUAUUGUGGCAAAAUUGGCCCGAACACCCUCCAGUAGUGCGUACGUUUCUGCCACAGUGAAAUUAGGCCCAAGGAGAAAUUAUGAUUUCUCCUUGGUCUCCAUGAUUUCGCACACAUUUCUCUUAACGCCUUGGGCAUUAUUGCUUUGGCCUGUGAUCAAUUAGGCUUCUAGUAAUUAGCUUGUUGCUGGUUAAUUGGUUUGACCACUUAAACACAUCAUGUUUCGCACACAUUUCUCUUAACCUACAGAGGCAUCCAGAUGGCGGGUAUUGUUCAUCGGUACCAUAGGAGAAGGCACCCUGCUAGGGUGUACGCUGAGCGUGCCAAACCACUUGAGCAAUACACUUCAGAUGAACUGUAUGCACGUUUUCGCUUUGGGAGAGAUGACAUCAAGUACAUUUCAGACCUGAUUAGACCAACACUCCAACACAAAACCCGAAGGAGUCAUGCUUUGUCCGUGGAGGAACAGUGCUUAAUUGCACUGCGCUUUUACGCAUGUGGGACUUUCUACCAAGUAAUAGGAGACUAUAUGGGAGUGGACAAAUCCACUGUGAGUAAUGUGGUGAAGGUUGUGUCCAUGGCACUGGGCAGUCUUAUCAAUCAAUUUGUUUCCUUUCCCAAGGAUGACCAGAUUGCUCAGACUAAGCACAAGUUUUUUCACAUGGGGAACAUGCCUAACACGAUUGGAGUUAUCGAUUGUACACAUGUGCAUAUCCAAGCACCUCGUGAGAGGGAGUGGGAGUAUGUAAAUCGGAAGGGGAGGCACAGCAUCAACGUACAACUUGUGGGCAACGCCGACCUCAUCAUCACCAACUGUGUUGUGAAAUGGCCAGGGUCUGUCCAUGAUGCACGCAUUCUAAGACAGAGUGCACUAUACAGAGAGCUCCAAACAAACCGGCCAAAUGGCAUUAUAUUGGGAGACAGCGCUUACCCACUUUUACCAUGGCUAAUGACCCCUUUUCCGGUUGCAAAUACACAUGAGCAAGCACGCUUCAACAUUGCACAUUGCAAAACAAGAUGUGCCAUUGAGCGCUUAAAUGGAGUGCUGAAGAGAAGGUUUGCCUGUCUUAACUACCUGCGAGUAGAACCUAAGGUGGCAUGCAACAUAAUUCUGGCCUGUAUUGUUCUGCAUAACAUCGCCAACAGGCGUCAUGUCCCUUGCGAUGCCAGUGACGCUCAUGAUGGACCUGAGCCUGAUGUAGACCCAGAACAGCCACGAAUGGUCCUACCUAGUGAGGGACACACUGGACAUGCUAUAAGAGAGGGAAUGGUACGAAACUACUUUUAACUUUGAAUAACUGUGUACAAUUUUUGUAUACAAAUGUAUCAUAGCUUUUCUUUAUUUUAUUUUUCUCAUCAUUAUCAUUUUGAUUAUCAUUUUUAUGAUUUGAAUUCAUCCGAAAUAUGAAUAAAUGUAUAUCA